AUGGAUGUGGUGUCACUUUCUAUAUGGGGACAGCUGGCAAUUGCAACUAUUUUCUUCUAUAUGGCUUGGGCGUUGGGCUCCAAGCCUCCAAUAUUUGAAAUUCAAACAGUAGAAGAGCCGUUGCCACUUGCAGGAAGGCAGCGCAGUGAAGUAGGAGAGCGCAGAGACAGGUUAGAGAUGGUGGGAAGCGCUAACAAGCUCAGAUCUGCUUUUUCAUGGGCAGACGAGGUAGAGAAAGAAGAAGAAGCAGCAGCAGCAAGAACUACUGAAACCCGGUUCAGUGAGAAAAGAAAACCAAACCCUUUUGGCUCUGGAAGGCCCAGAGAGGUUGUUCUUCAGGAAAGAGGGAUUGAUUGGAGAAAACUUGACCAUGAUCUCCCACAAUCCUCCCCACAAUUCAGUUCUAAGCUUCCAAAGGAAAAGGAAAAGUCACGGAAAGAAAAAAUUCCUACAGCAUCAACACCGCUGGCCGUCCGAGGAAAGCAGCCACCAAUUCCUCUAAGCAGGGGCCCCCAAGGAAUUUAUUUGCCACAGGAACGACCUUUAGUUCCUCUGGAUCAGGUUCCUGGGGCAUUUGUUCCUCCACUAAGAUAUCCACCGAAGAAUGUCGCCAGCCUUGUCGAUGAAGCCCGUAAUUUUCACAGGCCCCAGAGGAUGGAAAUUCAGCGCCGGGGUUUUCAACACAACCACCAUGAGGAAAGCACAUUUGAUGAGCUUGAGCUGAAACAGUUUCACAAAUUUGGGAGCUCAAGGCCUAGUAGGAGCCAGAGUCAUCAGCAUAUUGGUCAUUUCUCUAUUGAAGAGGGGAGCAAAAGAAUUUUCAAUGAAGAGGAUUUUGCAAAUCGGGCAGGGCGAAACGCAGAUUUUAGUCAUGGGAAAAGGAGGAAAUUCUGCAAACGGAGCUUGGCGGGUUCGCGUCGGGUAGACGAAAGAAGAGAAGAUUUUGUCAUUCAUGACUACCAGUUUCUGCCAUCUGCUGAGGAGAGAAACUGGAAGAACACACAAGAUGGACAUGAAGACGAUGUACUUAGGAGGCAUUCCAUGGGACAAUUGUCUACUAAAUCUGUAAAGAAUAGAGGAAGGAGACUGAACCACUAAGAUUCAGUAUACAGGGGAAAUGGAAAUUUGAUAUUGGAAUUUGAUAAUCAGUUGUAGAGAAUUGGUGGGAAUUAGGGGCAUCCCACUGGAAAUAAUUAGCUUUGGUGGUAGACCAAAUGCUGAUGCUAUCUGGAGCUUAACACUAGGUUUUUUUUUUUUUUUUUGAACUUUAUGGAGUUGUGCGAGGAGCAAAAGGAUCAUCUUCCACCAUUUCUCUUUUUCAUUUGCUUCUUUACUGAAUUGUAUGCUUGUUUUGAGGUCGAACAAAUGUUUGAUAUAGAAUGAAAUAGGUUGAAUGUGAUUGAAAUAAAAAAUUAUAUAAUAAAUUUUUAAAAUUUACAAAUCA